AUGGCCGAGGGUGGCCAGGAUGGGGUCCUGCCCGAGGGGGGCCCGGGGGACGCCCCUGACAGCACCCAGGAGGAGGCUGAGCCCGGGGGGGCUGCAGAGAGCGAGGGGCUGGAGGCUGCCCCGAGCCCGGGCAACGUGGAGGACCUGUAUGAGCUGCUGGAGAAGCUGGGCAGGCUCAGCGGCUUGUCCCCCUUCCAGGGUGAGACGGAUGCUGAGACCCUCUCCAACGUCGUGGCUGGUGCCUACGAGUUCGAGGAGCGCUGCUUCAGCCAGACCUCUGAGAUGGCCAAGGACUUCAUCCAGCAGCUGCUGGUGAAGGACCCAGAGCACCGCAUGACGGCGGCCGAGUGCCUGGUGCACCCCUGGAUCAAGCCCCUGAGCAGGAAGCAGGUGCUGAGCCGGAGUCGUUCCUCCAUCAACAUGAGAAACUUCCGCAAGUUCAACGCUCGGAGGAAGUGGAAGCUCUCCUACAACAUGGUGUCCGCCUGCAACCGGCUGUGCCGCACGCGGCUGCUCUGCGGCCUGAGCAAGGAGGAUGAGGAGCUGCGCUGCUGUGAGAGCGACCAGGAGGAGGAGAGCAGCCCCCCCAUCGCGCUGCUGCGCCGGCGGAGAAGCAGCUCCUGA